GCUUUGGUCUGGCUGGGCCGAGUCAGAGACAUCGAUCGAGCAUGAACUUGUUGCACUUCUCACGUUAGCAGUGGAACCUGUCCGGCUGUCACACAGCUGCUCAGGCGAUGCGGACAUCAUGUUUACUAACCAGGGCAUUCAACCGGUGACUGUUGUUUUUAACAACGCAAAGAACUGCUUCCUUCACCUCCCACCGAGGCUGAUAUCCCAUCUGUCCCUGAACGAGAACCAAGCUUUGGAGUUGUCCUGGGACCAUGGGUCACCACUCUACCUCAGUUGGACACUAAACAGAACCUCCUCCAGCUAUGACAGCCAUGAAGUGGAGCUGUGUCGGCAACUGGGAGAAAAGUUGGGGCUGAAAGAUGGAGAGCAGGGCUUCCUGAAACCAUGUCACCAGGUCUCAUCGGUGCAUCAAGUAUUUGUGGAGCCUCUUUCAUCUGAUGACUGGGAGAUCCUGGAGCUUCACAGUGCUGCACUGGAGCAGCAGCUGUUAGAUCAGAUCAGAGUGGUGUUCCAAGAUGCUGUCUUUCCUGUGUGGGUGGACAGCCACACAGUCAUCUACAUCCGAAUAGCAUCACUUUCGCCAUCUGUGCCCUAUGGUCGCCUGGAGCAGUUCACAGAACUAGUUGUGUCUCCGAAGAGCCGUGCUGGGAUUAGUGACCUCAGUAGUUCUCCAGUGAGGAGCAGUGUGGAAUCGAGUCUUCAAAUAGAGAACACUGAUCUCUAUUCAUCCUCCUCUGGACAGUCUUUAGAAAAUAAUGCUCUUGUCCCUCAAAGCCACCAGUGGGGGGGCAUAGCUGACCUGAGGAGCCUCCUGCGCUAUAUGAUAAAGGGCACUUAUGACCCGAUUAAAGAGCCACCACCGGUCCCUGGCAUCCCUGCUAUCUUUACUGACUCUAUCUACAGAGUAUGUGGUGCACCUCCCGACUCCCUUUGCACCAUUAGCCACGCUGCAACCAGUGUUAUUCAUUUAUUUCCAUCGAGGCAUGGACUAAAUGAUGGAUUCAUUGGAGGUCAGUCUCUAGUGACAUACGGUCUGCUCUCCAAAGUUCCUGCCCCUAAAGAAACAAGGGCCAGAGUCAAGCAGGCCAUGGAGAAAAAGAAGAACACACGAGUUACUAAGGUUGAUGCCUCUACGGAGGGGGGUGAGGACAUGAAAGAAGAAGAGGUCAUGGUGGUCCGGGUGGUAUACCAUUGUGAUGAGAAACUAUACGGCAAACAAAGCAGUCUCAGAAAGGGAGAGAUCCAUAGUGGAAGAGUAUGGAUCCCACAGCCCCUGGCUGUCAGCCUGAAUAUCAGCCCACAUUCAGUGGUUCGAAUUAAGCCUGUAAAAUCAAGUAUCAAAGUGGCCUCUGCUAUUCGUCUACAGCCUCUGACACCACUGCCUGAGGAGGACGAUGAGGCGAUCCAGACAGCUUUCCUCGGUUGGCUGCACACUCAGAGUCAUGAACCUUUAGCCUGUCUGACUGCACGGUCUGGCACCGUCCUCCUACAUGGAACUGAUGCAAAGUUAGAGUUCGCUUUAACUGUACUGAAACCAGAAGCAGCAAGUGAUCCUCCUGACCAGCUGUUUUUACUGGCACACACUGUCAUUCAGAAGGAACACAUACAGGUACACAGAGAGUCAGUGACCAUGCCAGCUGUGAAAGCUGAAGCUGAAACACCAAACCCGGCGCUUCCCUCCCUCAGUGUCCUCGGUGGGAUAGAUGAGCUUAGUACGACUGGAUUCGAGUUCAUCUCCUGUUGCCUUCUGGGUAGUCCCCUUUCACGAGAGCUUGGUACCACUGGUCAGGGUCUCCAAGGAGGAGCUCUACUCAUCACUGGUGCUAAGGGAAGUGGGAAGAGCACUCUUUCCCAAGCCCUCUGCAGAAAAGCUAGAGAAGAUUUGGAUGCCCAUGUGGAGGUGGUGGACUGCAGAAAGCUACAAGGCAAAAGGGCAGAAAGUGUGAGACAGAUGCUGCAGGAGAUUUUUGAACAGGCAGAGUGGAAGCAGCCUUCAGUUGUUCUUCUUGAUGACCUGGAUCAAGUAACAGGGGCACCAACCUCACCAGAACACGAGCACGGCCCUGAGGCGCUGCUGCAACAGCACAUUGCUCAGAGUCUAAAGGAUGUGGUGGAUGAGGUGGUGGUUCACUCCAGCCUGGUGUGUCUGAUCAUCACCAGCCAGAGUGAGCACUCUCUCCACCCCUCGCUGACCGAAGUGCACGGGUCCCACUUCAUCCAGAGAUUUGUAAACAUCCAGCCACCAGACCAGGCACAGAGAGCAGAGGUCCUGCGGCGUCUCAUCCUCAGAAGGUCCGGUCUGUCCGAGGAGACCUUACAGAUUCUUGACCUGGGGGCUGUUGCCAAGGAGACGGAGGGUUACGCACCUCAAGACUUGGCACUGCUGUUAGAGCGAGCUGUCCAUGCUAACACAGUACAAAGCGGACACAGUGAUCAAGGUGUGUUUCUAUCGUGGAGUGACUUUGCACAGGCUCUGAAAGGGUUCACGCCUCCCUCGCUGUGGGGGGCAGACCUCCACAUCCCAAGUGGAACUGGGCUGGAGAGGGUGGGAGGGCUGAGAGAGGUGCGGCAGCAGCUCAUGGACACAAUACUGCUCCCUGCCAAGUAUCCCAUCCUCUUCUCCAAUCUUCCUAUCCGCCAUUGCUCAGGAAUAUUGUUGUAUGGAGCUCCUGGUACAGGGAAAACCCUGCUGGCCAGGGCUGUGGCCAAAGACAGUGGUAUGAACUUCAUCAGCAUCAAGGGACCUGAACUUCUGAGUAAGUACAUCGGAGCCAGUGAGCAGGGAGUCCGGGAUGUUUUCCAGAGGGCACAAGCAGCCAAGCCGUGCAUCCUGUUCUUCGAUGAGUUUGACUCUUUGGCCCCCAGGAGGGGCCACGACAGCACAGGAGUAACCGACCGUGUGGUGAACCAGCUCCUCACCCAGCUGGAUGGGGUGGAGGGACUCCAGGGUGUGUAUGUGCUUGCAGCCUCCAGCCGCCCAGAUCUGAUCGACCCAGCCGUGCUGAGACCUGGACGACUGGACAAGUCCCUUUACUGCCCCCCUCCUGACCUGGAGUCUCGUGUGGAGAUCCUCAGGGCUCUGAGUAGUGGUGUUCCCCUGGCGGCUGAUGUGGACCUGGAGCAGCUGGCAGCCCUGACAGAGCAGUUCACAGGGGCAGACCUGAAGGCCCUGCUCUACAACGCACAGCUGGAGGCCAUCCACAACAGCCUGGGCACCAGCACACCGAAUGAGCUGACCUGCGGCUCAGACAGCGACAUGAGUCUGUCCUCCAUGAUCUUCCCAAACAACAUCAGCGGCUCCGAUGAUUCGGUCGGGGAGGGAGACCCAGCCGCGGGUUUGGACCAGUCCAUGGUUCUGCUGGAGCCCGAUGAGCUCCACGUAGAAAACGAACACCAUCGCAGCAACAUCUGGAGACUCUACUUUGGAAGCUCCGACGAGUCAGAGUUGGGGAAUUCACCGAUUUCAGGACUGAACUCCCAGUGCGUCUCUGGACCCAGCUCCAUGACCCAGGAGUGUGUAGGGGCAUCAGCUCGUGACCCCAGCGGCUCUCUCCCUCCUGCCUACAUGUCCUCCCUCCAGAGGGGAUACGAAGAGCUGAGCCCGGAGCAGUUGGAGCGCCUACAACAAGACGUCAACAGCAUCAAGAACAACUACAGGAGAGCCAAUGAGGAGGGUCCCCGGGUCCCUUCAGCCUCCACCCAGCCGGGCCUGUUGCUGUGUCAGGCUCAUAUGAACUCUGCCCUGGCUGCGACCAGACCGUCUCUCAGCAAGUCCGACUGGAACAGAUACACAAAACUGUAUGAAAACUUUGGCGGUUCAGGAGACGGAAAAUCUCUUCACUCCGUCACAUUUAAACCUGGACAACGUGUAACUUUAGCUUGAACAAACAAAUUCAUUUGACUCUCUCUUUGACUUAAUUCCUUAUUAAUUUUUUUAUUAAAGUGGAGUUAAGCAGUUUCAGGGCUUUAAAGACAAUGUAAAUUAAAACAAUUAAUAUAUGUAUUUUUUUCUACUUGAAUGAGACAUUUAAUUGUAAUUAAAUGUAAUUACUGUACAUAUGUACGAUGGCAUUAUUAAAUACAGAGUUUUUGACACUGCA